UCUUUUUUCCUUUCCUUCUUCAGGAGCAGUAUCGUGAAGAGCUGAAGAUAAGAGACUAUCUUGGACUAUAUCUUGGGUUGCUUUCUGGUUGCCCCCCCAAGACCAGUUGUUCAUCAUAGAGCAACAAGGAUCCAGAUAUGGUGAUGAAGGAGAUCCUGAUCUUCUUGGCCAACGUGGUGCUCUUAAAAGCUCAAGUCUGCACAGAAAUCCCUAAUCCAGGAACCCUGAAACAGAUUCAUGCUGGCAAUGGGUUUGUUGUUGGUCUGGAGCCAACAGGCAAUGUUUUCAUGAUGAAUGGAGAAGACUGGCUCUAUCUGGCUGGAGGGAUGAAGCAUGUAACUUCUGGAGUUGGUGGUAUAUGGAUGGUUGACAACAGUAGCCAGAUCUAUCGGAUGAUAGGAGGCAAUCUGGAAAGAAUACCAGGGUCAUUUAAUGAGAUUGAUGCUGGAGGACCUGUCUUAGUGGCUGGUAUUAACUCAGAAGAACAAGCCACUUGUAUUUCUAGUUCUGAGCUAAACAAAAUGGUAGCAGGCUCUCCUUUACAUUGGACCGAUAUGGAAGGAAGUCUGAAAUCCAUCGCCUGUAGCUUAAACGGUUGUUGGGGUGUGACCAGUAACAAUAUUGUAAAUUAUCGUCAUGGUAUCCAGCCACAAAGGUGUGAGGGCACCCGCUGGGAGUACAUCACCAGUGGUUACUCCAUGGUUGCUACUGGGAGUGAUGGACGUGUCUUUGCUUUGAAAACAGGAUAUAUUUAUUACAGGGAUGGGAUCACAGCAAACCAAGUCACAGGGAGAAAAUGGACCAAAAUUAAUGGCAUCCCUGAGAAGGCCAAGUACUUGACCUACGACUUGAAUAUUUUGUGGCUGAUCACCCUAGAUGACAAGAUUCUGCGUUGUCAGUUAUAGAAAAGCAUAGCUGCUGCCUUUUCCCACCCCUGCAGACCGUCUCCUUAUUUACUUCUUCUUCUAACUCAGCUCUAAGCUCAGGGGCAUUUGAGAAGCUCUCUUGGAAACAUUUGCAAGAAUAGCAUCAGCAAUUUUAGCAGAAUGAAUCCAUUUGGAUUAAUGGAGAAUUUAUAGCUAGAUUCACCCAGUAUCCUAAAUUGUGAUUUAUUCCAUAAGCCAGAGAUGUUAAGCCAUAAACUGGGGAUGGGGGUGGAAGGACUUGGAGCCAGAUAUCAUAUCUGAAAGCCCUGGCUGUCGUUCUGGACCCUUAGCAAAAGUUUUAAUUGAAAUGAACAAUUGUCCUUUUUUCAUGUUAACCAAGGGAAAUGCUGUUAACUACAGGAAGAAUAAUACUUUUUGUUUAAUACAUUUUGAGUUAACCUUUUUUCUCCUUCUCCUGUGUGUAUUUUUGCAAUAUGCCUCCCUGGCUGUCAUUGAAAGGUCAGAUGUUGCUCUCUGUCCAUGAAAAAGUUUUGCACAUUUGCCCUAGAUCAGUGUUGUCCAAACUUGGCCACUUUAAGAUGAGUGGACUUCAAC